GUAUUCAUAUUAAUGCUAUACUUUAUAUGUAAUAAUUUCGGUAUCUGGUAAAAAAAAAAUUGUUUAAAGAAAGCAAGAAAACCAAUAUUUAAAUUUUAAAACCAUGGAAAAAUCAAACAAAACUGGACAAAUUAAUAGCGCAGUUCAAAAUAAAAUAUCUGAUCUAGAAAACCGACUAAAAAUAAGCGUACAAGAGGCAGAAAAGCACGAAAAAUUAUUAAAAAUAACUCUUGAAAAAGCACGCAAAUCUGAAGAAGAAGUUGAUCGUCUGCAAAAAGAACUUAAUAAUUUAGAUGAUGAACUUGAAAGCUCAGAAAGCAAACUCAAUACGCUGAUUAAGCGCUUACAUGAAGCUGAAAAACAAGCUGAAGAAAGUGAGAGGGCAAGGCGUGUUCUUGAAAGUCGAGGUCAAACAGAUGAUGAAAAGUUAUCUAAACUACAAUCGGAACUUGACGAUGUUAUGUCAAAAAACUCUGAUGUUGAAAAUCGUUAUGAACAAAUUGCAAAAGAGAUAAAAGAAUUAGAGAAAAAAAUGGAUGAAGAAGACAAUAGAUGUACUGCAGCUGAAAAAAAAGUCAAAGAGCUUGAGCGUGAAGUAAUUGAUGUAGGAAAUACUCUGCGCACAAUGGAGGUUAAUGAGACUCAAGCAUCUGAAAGAGAAGAUAAGUUUUCAACACGACUUAAUGAUCUUACGUAUAAAUAUAACGAUGCUGAACUCAAAGCACAGAAAUAUGAAGCUCAAGUGAAAACUCUUGAAACAACUUUAGCAAAGUUAGAAGAUCAAUUAAAAGUUGAGAAAGAUAUGUACAAUCGUGUGAAGAAUGAUCUCGAUCGUUUGUUAGCUGAAAUACAACAAAUGAAUGUCUAGUAAUUCAGAAAUUAAUAGUUAUUUGAAGUUGUGAGUUCAUCUAAAAAUAAACUUUUUUUUUUUUUCAUUCAUCUAGAAAUUUACACUACAUGAAUUGGUUUUAAAAUUUAAGGGCAUAAAAAGUACAACACAUUAGGACUUUUUUUUGUUUGAAACAGUCUAGUAAAUAUUUUCAACUUUGUUAACCAUAUAAAAAUGUAUUUAAUUAUUAACCGCUGUAUAUUGGGUACGAUUGGAAACUAAUCACGAUAUUCUUUUAGUGUUAUAACUUUUUUUAUGUAUUUAUUGUUGAACUGUCAAUAUAAUUGUAUUUAAUGCUUUUUUUACUUGAGAUUUUAAAAAAAGUUAUUUACUUAUCUUUUGUAGUUUCUGUUUAACUGAUUUAAUUGCAGAACCUUAAAAUUUUUCUUAAUUCAAGAA